AUGGAAGGAGGUUCCAGUAGUACAGAGGAAGAAGUGUACGUAGUAGUGGAGACAGAUGAUAUUUGCAAAGAUGUUGACAGGCUUAUGAGGCAGUUUUGGUGGCAUACUAAGUCCUUAGAGGGUCAAGGCAAGCAAGGGUGGAGGUUGUUGACAAAUCCUACGUCUUUAGUGGCUCGAGUUUUCAAGACUAGAUAUUAUUCCCAAGGUUCAUUUUUUGAUCCUGAGCUUGGAGCUGCUAACCCAAGCUAUGUUUGGAAGAGUGUCUUUGAGGCAAAAACGGUUGUUAAAAUGAGAGCUAGGUGGAGGGUGGGUUCUGGUUUUUCUAUCCCUGAGACUGUUUAUGCUAUCUUAAAAGGUGGUAAGCCCUCGGGGCAAGGUCAGGACAAAUGGAUUUGGACUUUGGAAAGCAAUGGGCAGUUCUCGUGUAAAUCGGCUUAUCUAUCCCAGGCCUUGGAUAGAGGUCCUCAUUGUGUUGUUGCUCCAGCCCUUUGGAAUAACUUUUGGAAUAGUAAAAUCUUGGAACGUCAUAAAGUGAUUUGGUGCUGUAUCCUUUCUAAUGCGCUCCCUGUGAGAUCAAUCAUAGGAAGAAGGUUUCAGAUUGAGAACUCAAAUUUCCCUUUCUGCGGGUUGGGGGAGGAAUCUAUGGAACAUUUAUUUCUCUCAUGCGAGGUGGUGCAACACCUAUGGCGUGCUUCUCCUUGGGGUAUUUACCCUGUGUGCGAUAAUGAGAUUCGUGUUUGGAAUUUGAUUAAAUUUAUUUGGGACCUUAAACAUAAGUGGAGGACGCGCAAUGAACUGGAUUGGAUAAAACUGAAUUGUGAUGUUAGAGUGGGCUUAGAGAGCAUGUGCAUAGCUGGUGUAGCAAGGAAUCAUCUGGGAAAGGUGAUUCGGGUUGACACGUCUCGACUGGAUUUCUUAGAUGCAUUAUGUGGAGAAACUGCGACCUGCUGUUUGGCUGUUUCGAUGGCAAUGGAUUUAGGGUAUAAGUAUAUUAUUGUGGAGAGUGACUCGAGGCUAGCUAUCAAUGCGCUCAAUGGGAAGUUGUAA